AUGUCUUCUCAAGUGUAUAGAUCUACUCGUUCUUCUAAACCAGAAGAAUUAUCCUUUGAAGAUGUCGUUAUGACUGGUUUGGCCCCAGAUGGCGGUUUAUAUUUACCAUCAGCUAUCCCACAAUUACCAAGUGAUUUUUUAACCAAAUGGGCCGAUUUAUCAUUUAAUGAAUUAGCUUUUGAAAUCUUGAGAUUAUACAUUAACCAAUCAGAAAUUCCAGAUGAAGAUUUGAAAAGUUUGAUUUCUAGAUCUUACUCCACUUUUAGAUCAUCUGAAGUUACUCCUUUAAAGAAAAUCGAUGAUAAUUUGUACAUUUUGGAAUUAUUCCAUGGUCCAACUUAUGCAUUCAAAGAUGUUGCUUUACAAUUUGUUGGUAAUCUUUUUGAAUAUUUCUUAACUAGACGUAAUGCUGCCAAAAAGGAAAAUGAACCAAAAGAUAUCAUCACUGUUGUUGGUGCUACUUCUGGUGAUACUGGAUCUGCAGCAAUUUAUGGUUUAAGAGGUAAGAAAGAUGUUUCUGUCUUUAUUUUAUAUCCAACUGGUAGAAUCAGUCCUAUUCAAGAAGAACAAAUGACUACUGUUGAAGAUGCCAAUGUCCAUACUUUAUCUGUCAAUGGUACUUUUGAUGACUGUCAAGAUAUUGUUAAACAAAUCUUUGGUGACAAAGAAUUUAAUGAUAAAUACCAUGUCGGUGCUGUCAACUCUAUCAACUGGGCAAGAAUCUUGGCUCAACAAACUUAUUAUUUCUAUUCCUAUUUCCAAUUGAAAAAACAAACCAAGAAUGAUAAGGUUAGAUUUGUUGUUCCAUCAGGUAAUUUCGGUGAUAUUUUGGCUGGUUAUUAUGCUUAUAGAAUGGGAUUACCAGUUGAUAAAUUAAUCAUUGCCACUAAUGAAAACGAUAUCUUGGAUAGAUUUAUUAAAUCUGGUGAAUAUGCCAAAGAACAAGAAACUGGUGUUAAAUCCACUUAUUCUCCAGCUAUGGAUAUUUUAAUUUCUUCAAAUUUUGAAAGAUUAUUAUGGUAUUUGGUUAGAGACAAUUCUACUCAUAAUGAUGAAAAAGCUGGUGAAGUAUUGAAUGGUUGGAUGCAAGAUUUGAAACAACAAGGUAAAUUCAAAGUUCCUCAAGAAGUUAUUGAAGGUGCCAGAAAGAUUUUUGAUUCUCAAAGAGUUGAUAAUGAAACCACUGUUGAAACCAUCAAACAAGUUUAUGGUAAAACUUCUGAUAAAUAUGUUAUUGAUCCUCAUACUGCUGUUGGUGUCAACACUUCUUACACUUUCAUCAAACAAGACAAUGAACCAGUAGAGUACAUCUCCCUUUCCACUGCUCAUCCUGCUAAAUUCUCCGAAGUUGUUAACAAAGCCCUUAGUUCAUUCGAUGGAUACUCAUUUGAAAAAGAUGUUUUACCAGCUGAAUUGAAAGCUUUGAGUACUAAAGAAAAGAGAAUCAAGUUGAUUGAUGAAGCCAGUGUUCCAAAGGUUAAACAAGCUAUCAGUGAUAUCUUACAAUUUUAA